CAGGAAAAUAGAGGGAGAAAAUGUCGAGAAUGAGGGAAGCAAAAAAACGAGACAGGAGCUUUCAACAGAUUGCGUGCUUGGCAACGCGCUCGACUUUGCCGGAUCGGAGCUACGAUGGCGAGCCAUGCGAUAGACUCGAUGCUGUACUCCUUCAAGUCAUCUGAAUCAUCUGGCAUGCAGAUGCACGCCUCCACUCCUUAUAUACUCAGGCUAGGAGCCCAGUGAUGCCUACCUGCUAUUGCGCACAAGCAUGCGCAACCAUCCCAGAUUCAACGCGAUUUGCGUGCGUCAAACUCUUCUGCGGUGAAGGCAGGUAUUCUGCGACAUCCAUACGCUAUCGCGAGUAAUCCGGUGGUUCCCACGCAAGGAUGUAUUCCAGCUGGAUUCCUCUGUACGUCGCAAGCAUCAUUCAUCAUCGCGAUAUGAGCAACGAUGCGUAUCAACGGAUCGCAACAAAGAUGACCAAAUUUACAGUUGUCGCACUUGUUUUCUUCAUCUGCACCUUUGUCAGCCAGAUGGGCAUGGCCAAGGCAAAUGUUUUCGACACCUAUUGUGCUCUACUCUGCGAGGUAGUCCUUCACUGACGCAGAGUGAUGUCCCGCUCAGAAGUCUGCAGGGCAAAUGCCUCCGAAAAAGUCCCUGUUAUAUCGAGAUGGACGGAGACGAUCGAUCUUGCUGCUGAGCACCGAAAAGCGG